AUGAAGGCCCUGGGAUUUGUGAACAAUUCAGCAGCAAGCACUGUGACUAAGUUUGUCCUCCUAGGCUUCCCUGGAUGCGAAGAGUUGCAGUGCUUCCUUUUUUCACUGUUCUUUGGGGUCUAUGUAUUUACCAUGAUGGGCAAUGGGACCAUAGUUUGUGCUGUGAGGUGGGACCCAAGGCUCCAUACCCCAAUGUAUAUUCUCCUAGGGAACUUUGCUUUCCUUGAAAUCUGGUACAUUACCUCCACUGUACCCACUAUGCUAAUCAAUUUCCUCUCAGAGACAAAAACCAUCUCUUUUGUUGGCUGUUUCCUCCAGCUAUAUUUUUUUACUUCCCUUGGUACAACUGAGGUAUAUUUCCUCUGUAUCAUGGCAUAUGAUCGGUACCUCGCUAUCUGCUGCCCAUUGCACUACCCAAUCGUCAUGACCCAACAACGUUGCUCUAUCUUGAUGUCUCUUUGCUGGUUGUUUGGAUUCCUCAGUUACUCUGUCUCCACUGUGCAGCUCUCUCAAUUGCCUUUCUGUGGGCCCAACACCAUCAAUCACUUUCUGUGUGACAUGGACCCACUGAUGGCUCUGUCCUGUGCCCCAGCUCCUGUCACUGAGAUUGUCUUCUUUGUCUUGAGCUCUCUCAUUAUCAUCCUAACUCUUCUAUACAUCCUUGGCUCCUAUACCCUUUUAUUGUUAACUGUGUUAAAAGUCCCUUCACCAGCUGGCCGGUGGAAGGCCUUUUCCACCUGCGGGUCACAUCUGACUGUGGUGUGCUUAUUCUUUGGGGCUCUUUUGGUAAUGUAUGUGAGCCCUAUAGCUGAUAACACAGCUGAAAUUCAAAAGAUUAUGACUUUGUUCUAUUCUGUGGUGACUCCUUUCUUAAACCCCCUGAUUUACAGCUUACGAAACAAGGAGAUGAAGGCUGCAGUGAAGAAAGUCCUAAGAAUAGAACGAACAUAA